UAUGACGCAGUUUCGCCGCUGCCGCCGCCCCCCCCUCCGUCGCGACCCCUCGAGCGGCUGAGGCGGGUAUCGUGGUGGCGGAGCCGCCACCGCCGCCCUCAGACUCUCCGUCGCAAGAGGCGCCGCUGCGAGCGAGCGAGCGCUAGGCCGGGCCGCGGGCCCUGAAGCGAACGCCGCCCUUCCCGUCUCCCUCGUCGGGAGGCCCAGCCUGGAGGAGGAGGAGAAGAAGCGGUUUUGAGACAUUGAAAUAAUUUCAAGAUGUUUAAUAAAUCUUUUGGAACGCCUUUUGGCGGCAACACAGGAGGAUUUGGGACAACUUCGACUUUCGGGCAGAAUACUGGCUUUGGGGCGACCAGCGGGGGAGCCUUCGGGACGUCUGCCUUCGGAUCCAAUAACAAUGCCGGAGGACUCUUCGGUAGCACUCAGGCCAAGCCAGGAGGGCUCUUUGGGGCAAGUACUUUCAGCCAGCCAGCCACCUCGUCCACUAGUACCGGUUUUGGCUUCGGCACGUCCACCGGAACGUCCAGCGGGCUGUUUGGGACCGCAAGCACAGGGGGAGGCCUCUUCUCAACCCAGAGCAAUGCCUUCGCCCAGAACAAGCCGGUGGGCUUCGGCAAUUUUGGGACAAGCACCAGCAGCGGAGGGUUGUUUGGCACCACGAACACAGCCUCCAACCCCUUUGGGGGCACAUCUGGCUCCCUUUUUGGGGCUACAAGCUUUUCCACCGUCCCUACCGGCACCACGAUUAAAUUCAAUGCGCCAACCGGUACGGACACCAUGGUGAAGUCUGGUGUCAGCACCAACAUCAGCACCAAGCAUCAGUGCAUCACUGCUAUGAAGGAGUAUGAAAGCAAAUCGCUGGAGGAGCUCCGUUUGGAAGACUAUCAGGCCAACAGGAAAGGCCCCACCAACCCAGUGGUGGGAGCCGGAGCCACGCCGGGCUUGUUUGGGUCGUCAACCGCUACGUCCAGCGCGGCCACAGGACUCUUCGGCUCCUCCACCACCAACACGGGCUUUUCGUACGGGGCAAAUAAAACAGCGUUCGGGACGAGUACCACCGGUUUUGGGACAGGCACCGGGAGUCUCUUUGGUUCGACCCAGCAGACGCCCAGCCUCUUCAGCAAACCUUUUGGUCAGCCCACCACUGCCCAGAACACGGGUUUCUCCUUCACCAACACCAGCACCCUUGGGCAGCCCAACACCAACACCAUGGGCUUGUUCGGAGCUGCCCAGCCCACGCAGACCGGAAGCCUUUUCGGCACAGCGGCCAACACCAACACAGCAGCUGCCUUUGGAACAGGAACCGGACUCUUCGGGCAGCCCAACACCGGGUUUGGUGUUGGUGGCUCGUCUCUCUUUAGUAACAAGCCUGCUGGCUUCGGCACCACGACCACCAGCGCACCCUCGUUUGGGACGACGACAACUGGACUUUUCGGGUUCAAUGCAAACGCCACAGGAAACAGCCUCUUUGGAAACAAGCCUGCAACCGGGGCUCUGGGUCCAGGCCUCGGGGCGGGAUUUGGGACAGCCCUUAAUCCAGGGCAGAAUUCGCUCUUUGGCAGCACGCAGCCCAAGCUAGGGGGCACGCUCGGGACAGGAGCCUUCGGUGCUCCUGGAUUUAACACAUCAACCGCCACGCUGGGCUUCGGAGCACAACAACCUGCUGUGGCUCUGACGGAUCCCAACGUCUCUGCGGCCCAGCAGGCCGUUCUGCAGCAGCACCUCAACAGCUUGACCUACUCGCCCUUCGGGGACUCUCCUCUCUUCCGAAACCCCAUGUCUGACCCAAAGAAGAAGGAGGAGAGGCUGAAACCAACCAACCCAGCAGCCCAGAAGGCACUGACCACACCCACUCAUUACAAACUGACUCCCCGCCCGGCAACCCGCGUGCGCCCCAAAGCUUUGCAGACAAGCGGCUCCUCCAAAUCCCACCUUUUUGACGGUCUGGACGACGAUGAGCCUUCUCUGACCAAUGGGGCCUUCAUGCCCAAGUCGCUUAGUGAGAACCACAGACAGGACGAGGAGCAGGAUGACGACAACUACGCCCGGGAAAUGUCCAGGUUCUUAGCCAACGCCAUUGCCAAGCCCCUCCCCCUGACCCCGGAGAACGCCCCGCACAAGCAUCACAACAACAGUGUGGACGACACUCUGGUGGCCCUGAAUGUGCGGCCGGCGCUGCGCAACGGGCUGGAAAGCAGCCUGGAGGAAGCUUCCUACCACGAGGAGUCCCUGCAGGAGGAGCUGGACAAGGAGAGCGAAGAGCAGCUCCAGUGCACCCAUCCGGCAGGUGAGGUCAGAGCCCUGGAAGGGCUCGGCUGGUUGACCCUUGGCUCUCUCAGAUGGAGCAUUCAUCCCUUAUGCACAAAUCCCGUCAACUGGUAUCACAAGUUGGCGCUCGAAAAAGCGCGGGGGCCUCCGUUCUCCUCAGGCUACGGCUCCAUCUACUUUGAGGGCGAGGUCAAUCUGACCAACCUGAACCUGGAUGAGAUCGUGCACGUCCGCAGGAAAGAGGUCAUCGUCUACCCGGAUGAUGAAUUGAAGCCCCCCAUCGGGGAGGGCUUGAACAGGUGAUGCCACCGGAGAGGGCG